CCUACCUACCUACCUACCUUACCUAGGUAGGGUACAUACGGAUAGUCAAUUCACUACGUACUGAACAGAUACAUAGAUACUGUGCAAAUCGCAAAUAGUCCUGGUAACUUUUAAAAUCAGAGACAGGAGGUGUGCUCACCGGAGAGCUAAAAUUAGAUAUCAGCAUCGAAGAUCAUACCAAGAAGGGGCUUCACUUUCAUUUUCGGGGUCUGAUAGAUGGGACAGCCCAGAUGAAGAAAGGACCCUUCCCUUGGGUAAGGUUCUCGGACACGGCAGCAGCGGUCCCGUCCGUUAUGUGGGCCAUCAGAUCCAAUGACGUCGAUGCGAAAAAGGGAGCAGUCAGCCACUUUGAACCCAAGAAAAGCCUCAGCCACUAGAAUCGAGCAUCUCAGUGGAGGCGCGGAGGGGAGCAUGGAGCCUAGGGGACGAGAAGGAGAAAUAUGUUCCAUUAUUGUUCUAUGGUUUUCUCUGACCCCUGCUUGCAAGCCUCCUCUCGUUCUUAGUGGCUAUCACCUCAUCAGUCGGACAAGACACGAUAUACCUCCACUACCUCAGUACGUUAGGUGUGUACACCCGUCUUCAAUAUAGUCUCUAUACCUUGGGUCGAGCGAGGUUAGGUCUUGAGAUCAUUCUGAAACUCGGCAAGAAUCACUUCAUCAAGAUCAAUUGUCAGCUGGACCGUAUCGUCUUGUGUACUCUCAAGCCCAGUCAACCAAUCUAAAUAGACAAUUGCCUGCCUACUUGUUUCCUUUUCACAAUGCCCGAUCAAGACUCAUCACAACCCUCCGAAUUCUGGUUAUAUGGAUACGGAAGCUUGAUAUGGAAGCCUCCGCCACACUUUGACCGUAGAAUUGCUGGAUGGGUAGAUGGCUAUGUUCGUCGAUUCUGGCAGGCUAGUGAGGACCAUAGAGGCACUCCUGAGGCCCCCGGACGGGUCGUCACUCUGAUCGAGAGAUCUUACUGGGAACAGCUAACUGAUAGUCACGACUCUGCUCCAGAGCGAGUUUGGGGGGUUGCAUAUCGUAUCAUUCCCGAGAAAGUAACCGAAGUCAAGGAGUAUCUCGAUAUUCGUGAGAUCAACGGCUACACCAUUCACUACGCUCCAUUCCAUCCUGCCGAUGGCUCCCCCCCUAUUCGCACUCUGGUCUACAUCGGAACCCCAGAUAAUGAGCAAUUUGUCGGUCCCCAGGAGCCCCAGGAGCUCGCCGAGCACAUCUUCCGCAGUCAAGGCCCCAGCGGCCUGAACAAAGACUACCUGUUGAGUCUCGAUACCGCCCUCAGUGAGCUUGCUCCCGAUAGUGGCGAUCAUCACAUCCAUGAUCUGGCCCGCCGUGUCCGGGAACUUGAGAAGAAUUGUGAGGAUGAAACUAAACUCCGCAACCCGACGACUUCAGUCCAUCAGCAAAAGCACAGUACCGAAGAAGCAGAAGAAAUCGAAGAGCCACAUCACUAGGAAACGGGCAAUGCAUCAAAUACACAGACAACCUCAGCAAGCAUAUAUAACUAGACUAUAGAUCCUCAUGGUGAAUAGCGUACUUAUAAUGAGCAGCUAGAUGCCGCUCCUCAAGCUUCAUGUCAUCGCUCCACAACUGUCACCAAUUUCGGUCUCGGUUAGCCAGCGACAUUCACGUAUCAAAGCACAUGUAAUCAAAAGGAACAUGUCGCAUGCAGCGCCAUUUCGCAAUUUUGUUCUUGCCCUACAGAGGCAAUCCUCCAUCACUUUUUCGCUCAAGGUUCAUUCGUAAAACGGCCGUGUCAAGAUGGCAAACCAUACCAGCCCAAAUGCCAUACCAUGCCCCCUAAAAACCACGCUUCAACCUAAGUGCCCGGGUAUAAUUCUGCG